AAGAAGACCAACACCCAGGUUCACUCAGGGGCUUGGAGUUAAAGUAGGCUGUGUCUUUCGGUCACCGGAGGUAAACAAGGCACCAGCUGUAAACCAUCUAAAGUAAACACCUUGCAGCUGUAGAUAAACACCAGACUUUACAAUAACAUUAAAGCUUCGCUCCAAUAGCGUCAGAAACACAUUAGAAAACUAGAGGAACUGUAGUCUUCACCCUCUGUUAUCCACUGGAGACAAAUGGUUUCAAGUUAUGGAUCAAGGUGUUGUGGACAGUCCUGUCACCCUUGUCAUCAGGGCACCCAACCAGAAGUACAAUGACCAGACCAUCAACUGUUGCCAGAACUGGACUGUAGAGAAACUCAAAGCACACCUGUCAGAUGUAUACCCAAGCAAACCAAGCUCCAAAGACCAGAGGCUGGUGUAUUCUGGGAAGCUGCUUUUGGAUCACUUUACCUUAAAAGAUGUGCUCAGAAAGCAGGAUGAAUACCAUAUGCUCCAUCUGGUGUGCGCCUCACGAACCCCUCCCAGCUCCCCGAAGCCCCCCCGCAGCCGCAGUAACAAGCCUCAGGAGAAUUCAGCCGGUCCCACGCCCCUUCAGAACUCUGCUGCUCCAUCCACUGGUCAACACAGUCAGUCAUCCACAGGAGAGAGCAGUGAUGGACUAGGACAGCGAACUGGACCUUUGCCUUACCACCAGAUGUAUCCGCAAUUUAUGCACAGCUGGAAUCAUUACUCCCCACAGUCAACUCCUCCCACAACCAUGCCCACUUAUUACAACCCCAUGACACUAAUGUGGUGGCAGCAGUUGUACGCCCAGCAGUAUUACAUGCAUUAUCAGUUACUGGCUGCCUCCUCUCAACACCUCAGGCCAGACCAACCCUCAACUCACUCUAACCAGGCUGACCCGCUGAGCCAGAGGCCUCAGGCAGAUCGCCACGGCAACCCGGAAGUCCAGAUGAACGCCCAGGGAGGGGAGAUCCUGAACGAGGAAGAGCUGAACCGGGAUUGGCUGGACUGGGUGUACACAUUUUCACGUGCCGCGAUCUUGCUUAGUAUAGUCUACUUCUACUCCUCCUUCAGCCGGUUUGUCAUGGUGAUAAUGGCCAUGCUGGUGCUUUACCUGCAUCAGGCUGGCUGGUUUCCCUUCAACCUGGAGAACGAACUCCAGCUUCCUGGAGACAGAGUCAAUGAGGACGAUAUGGAGGGAGAGCCACAAAACCAUGACUUACAGGAAACGGAGGGAGCGAUGGAUGAUGGCUCGGACGAUGAUGGGGAAAGUGGGGAGGAAGGAGCAGAAGAUCCAAACAGCGCCCCAAACACAGGCUUUCUGUCCUCCACGUGGUCGUUCAUCAUAACCUUCUUCAUGUCACUGAUCCCAGAGGGACCUCCAGAUGCUGCUAACUGAACCACGAGCUGCCACAGUUCUCCACAAGGGCACAUAGUUUCUUUAAGAGGAGGAAGGAGGAUGAAUGUCCUACUUGCUCAGGAAAACUGUUUCCGUUGCAGUACAGUGGUAUAGUUUCCCAGUAGUGUACUUAACUACAUAUCUCAGACUUUGAGCCAAAUACAAGUGACUGAUUCAACCUGAAAAGAGAUCAAUGGUCACUUGAUACAGAAGUUGUUGUGUUUGACUGCACAAAUACAAAAAUUGACACGAACAUUAGUUUAACUGCUAUAAACAAGGAUUGCUUGUGAUUCCUUGUAAAUAUAGUCAAAAUAAUAUUAGUGUCUGCCAAUGCAUUGUUUCUGUAAUUAAUAAAAUAGGGACAGCAGGCACAUUUACAAUAUAAAGAAAAAUAAUAUUUGUAUUUAACAACCUAAAUUUUGUUUUUUUCUUUGUAAGAAGUUGCAGUCUUUGUUGAAAUGGUUCUGUUGGAAUUUUAAUGAUUUUUUGUAAUGGUGGACGUAUCCAAAUAAGAAAUCUUAUUUUAAAUGGGCCACCUUAGUCCAAAGGCUGAACUACAGUGAAUAAUCCUGAGACAUGUAGUGCUUGUGAUGAUUGACGUGAGUGAUUUUGGCCUGAGAGUUUAUAAAAUGUGUCUGAACACAUUGUGUACUGUGUUGGAAGUACAUCCAGCUGUGAUGUUUGCUACAGAUUGGGAUUUUUACUUAAGUGAAACAAUGUACCACUAACUCUUUGACAGCCUGAAAGAACUGAGUGAAGAACUGAUUUUCCACAGUUUAAUGGAAUAUCAAACAGGAAUGUUGUUGGGAUUGAAGUCGUGGCACAGAGCGACAAGAGACACUUUAAAAUUUCCUACUGUUACAUAAAGCACUGCUACAAUUCAGAGUUGGUGUAGGACAAAACUUAGACCUCUUGAGUGUGUGAAAAUGGCUGCUGUUACCUUCGACAUGUUGUGUACCAAUAAUAUUAAACCUUCAGUCAUUUUCAUUUCAUUUAUUUGUUUAUUUGUACAGAGACAGUGCACAUUAAUGAACAUUUCUGUAAAUGUGCCAGUUUCAGCUGAGUGGCUAGUUUCCAACUGCAGUCCCCAGGCAAAGUGUUACAUGCCAGCUAAAUGGAAAAAAAAACAUUACAAUAGACAUUUCGUAAUAACAGUAAAAUAUACAGCACAUAUAAAAGCACAUGGAUCAGAAGAGAAGGCAUAACACACAGUAAAAGACAAGAAGUGGCACAUAAAUCACAAUGGAAAGCACAUCAAGCACAUUAAAAGACAGGAAAAUAAGCUUCAGCCAGCAGGUAGGCUACAUCAGGCAAACAGACAAACAUAGUAGCCAUGCAACAUAUUGGCAGGACACCAGGAACAAAGCAAUACAGAACAAUACAAAACAAAAUGCAAUGCACAUUUAAGCAACAUGUAAGCAAGCGAAACAGACAAGCAGAUAGGCAGUCAAGCAGGCAACAUGGAGGCAGAGAGGCACGCAAGCAAAUAGACAGAGUUAUAGGAUUAAUGUGGACUACUGAUUGUUAUCGCAGGCCUGAUUAUCUUUUAACCAUAUAUUUAGAGUGUGUUUGAAAGCUUUGUGUGUUUCAAUAUUGCGAAUGUGUGGUGGUAAUGACUUCCAGAACUGGGCAGCUGGCACUGAGAAGGCUGACUGGCUGAAGGAACUUUUUCUCAGUGGUACGAUGAGGGUAGUUGUUGAGGCCAAUCUGGUCAGUCUGCUGCUCAAUGUAAAAAAAGUCAGCGGUGGUGGUGGAGCCAAACCAUGGAGAAUUUUGAAAACUAGAUUUACGUUGUGAAAUUUUACAGUGUUAUCCCAGCUUAAAAGGACAUUAUUGUCCAGGAUACUGCAGUGAUGAUAACGAAAAGAUUUCUUGUCCAGAACUUGGUAGUGUAGUCUUGUGGUAUUAAAUGUUUUUCUCUGGAUUCUUACUCAUGCAUAGAGCAAUACAUGAUCACAGCGACUUACUAAAGCUGAUCUAUAGCAAACAACCUUUCAAGCAAAUCCAUAGUCACAGACCAAUUGUCACCUGUUACAAGUCUUUUUCUCAUCUUUACGCCCCAACAAAAUCAAACAUGUUUAAUAUUAUUCUAAGUUUUUAUUCUUGUCUUAUUGAAAUACUGAAAUUCAAGGAGGUCAAUGUUGUCAACCAAUAGCUGCUCUCUCUCCAGCACCAAACAGGAAGCAGCAAGCAUGGUCUCCUCCUACUGAAAUAGUGGCUCUAACAAACUGGUAGCAAAAAUCCAAAAUGUAAAGUUUCUACACAAAUACGGUUUAUGGAUUGAUGCAAAAUCGACAAGUACACUUUCGACAUAUGAUGCCCUUCAUUCUGUGUUUUUAGAGUUGUGUUUUUGCGAGCAUGUAAGGAAUUGUUAAUAUGUCAUAUUUCUUCAAGGGAGUUUGGCAUAUUGUUUUCCACCAGGGACAAGAUGGCAAAUAAUCUCAAAUUAAAUCUAGUUGUAGUGUUGCAAAUAUAUUGACCCUGCAGGUUCCUGAGUCUUUGCACAAUCUUUAAGUGUGUGACCAAAAACUUGCAUUGUUUUUAGAUGUAACAGGGUGUCAGACUUCAGUCUUUUAGAGGCAUUUCCAAAGUCUUCUAGUGUAUCCUAAUAGUCCUGGGCCACAGCAGCACAGGUCCUAAACCUGUUAAACUGACUACUUUAUGGACUCAGGUCAUCGUUAACUACACUGUUAAAGUUGUUGUCUGAAAACAUGUGGCUCAAACCAGUGCUGCCUCCACAUUUGAAUGCAUGCUCAAAAAUAAAUAUAUCGUACGUGGCAAUUCUGGGGUUCAAGCCAGUAUGGCAUAGCUGUGCAAUGCUUCAAUUAGCCCUGUUUUUGGGUGUGCGUGGGUGGGAGCCGACUCUCACCAACUGUCCCACGUGCAAAGCCUAAACUCCCGGAACCACUGGGGUCUCAUAAUAAACAGAGACAGAAGAGAGCAGGACUAGUCAUGAGAAUAAUGUUGCUAUGAGACAGUGACAGGAAUAAGGGGUUAAAUAAAACAAAAAGACUGCAGCCUAUUGAUAUAAAACAGUAUUGUCUUUCCUUGCCUGCAAUUUAAAUCAGUGGCCUUUCUCACUCCCUUUAAAAUAUGAUGAGACAUAACAGGUGCAAAGUUUUACGGUCAUGGCACCAUUUGGUGUUACCUAUAGCUAGCUAGCCACAUCCUAAGAUUCUCAUUGAUCACAUUACAUGAAUCUUGAAACAUCAUUGUGCAAAGUAACCUAAAUCAAAGCUAAUGUUUACCAACAUGCUUCAGAAUGAUAAUUUUUUGUAGUUUAUUUUUAUUAUUUGUUCAGAUUAGAAGCUUAUUAAAAAGCAUUCUGAAAAUAAAGGGGGAAAAACACUGGUCAUGUGAUCUAAUCAACUUUAACACACUUUGGCAAUCAUUAAGAGUCAUGAAAUCAGUUUUCUACAACAUUCAGGCAUAUUUAGCGCUGAUUUUGUGGCCAUUUAAAAAAAAUGGCUGCCAUGGCCCUCAGGGGCCAAAUAUGCAGGGCCCCAAUAUCUAAGUUUUUGCAUGUAUGGUUGUAGUGUGUGUAUAUAUGGGGAGUUGUUUAAAGGUGGAAGACAUAAAUAAACACAUGAAUACUUGAA